AUGGAGAUAACACCUGGUAUUGAAAGUAUGGCUAAUAAUGCUGCUCCUUAUGUAGGAAUGUCGACAACAGUGUCUUUCAAUGGUAAGUCAGGGAAUAUUUCGAGUGGUGGAGCAGAGCUUCUUUUCAACAAUAAAAAGAAGUUUGAUGUCAUGUUACCUAGCAGUGACAAACCAUGGACAAUAAAAAAUCUUUUGAAGUGGAUAAAAGACAAUUUAUUGGAAGAACGACCAGAACUUUUUAUUCAAAAAGAUUCUGUGAGACCUGGUAUCUUGGUGCUUGUAAAUGAUGCAGAUUGGGAACUGUUGGGUGCAUUAGAAUAUGAAGUGCAGCCAAAUGAUAGAAUAAUGUUUAUUUCAACUUUGCAUGGAGGAUGAAAAACAUUGAUAUCAUAUACCUGUAAAAAGAAAUGCUUUUAAUAGUGUUUAUAAAUAAAUAAAUAAAUAUAUAUAUAUAUUUGCUGUUUGUAGAGAAAGAAGACUUUUGUUUGUAAAGUAUAUCAUUUAGUGGUGGAGUGAAAAACUGAGGGGCGGGGACAUUCUUACCAGAACAUUGAGUCUUUUGAUAUACUGUCUUUGUAAUCUGAAUUGUUUAAGUUUAGGGG